AGCAGGGCUUGGAGGUGGUAGGGGCCGGUAGGAACCUCACCUUUAUGAUGCUGUUCUACAGUGCGCUCUGGGAAAAAAAGAAAGCCACUGGGACACAGAAAGCCCUGGAGUUUGGAGGUAAAACAAUAGGGUUUGAUGCCAGACCCCACCGCAGAGCAAAAUCCAGGGCAGAAACUGUAGAAAGGUUAUUUUUAGGCUUAGUGGGCAGAAAGAGCCCUCCAAAUGUGGAGUGAAUCCCCUCAUUCCCAAAGAUACAAAGGCAGCUAAGUUGGUCAGUGGAUAGAGCCAAAGGCCAGAUCCAGGCCCCGAAUUCUAUCCCUUUCCCACCGAGCUACCCAAAGGCAGCAAGACCUGAAUUCAGAGUCUGCCUUGGGUGUCUGAAGUGGGGGGCUCUGAGCAAGUCAUUUAAUCCCUUUCUGCCUCAGUUUCCUCAAAGGUAAAGCAGGCAUGAUAAUAAGAGUACCUACCUUCCAGGGUUGAUGUGAGGAUCAAAUGAGAGAAUGUUUGUAAAGUGUUUAGCACAGUAUCUACUGCUAUUAUUAUUAUUAGCAACUAGAUGACUCACUGGGCAGAGUGCUCGUCAGUAAUUCAAAUCCAGUCUCAGACAGAAGCUUUUUGAUCCUGGGCCAGUCACUUAACCCUGUUUGCCUCAGUUUUCUUAUCUGUCAAAUGGGCUGGACAAGAAAAUGGCAAAUCGCUCCAGUAUUUUUGCCAAGAAAACAAGGAGUUGAAGAUGGUUGGACGAGAACUAUUAUUUAAUGGAUGACCACUUGUUGAAGAAGUUUGGUGAGACAAGUAGGUAGCUCAGUGCAUGGAAAAGACCUGAAAGCCAGCAAGAGUUCAAAUUCGGUCCCCCUUAUUUUUUUAAAGUUUAUUUUCAAAAUAUAUUCAUGGAUAAUUUUCAACAUUCACCCUAACAAAAUUUUUCCCUCCUUUCCCUCAUCCCCUCCCCUAAAUGGCAAGUAAUCUAUGUUAAACAUAUGCAAUUCUUCUAUACAUAUUUCCCCAAAUAUCAUGUUGCACAAGAAAAAUCAGAUCAAAAAGGGAAAAAAAUGAGAAAGAAAACAAAAUACAAGCAAACAAUAAUAAAAAGAGUGAAAAUGCUGUGUUGUGAUCCACACCCAGCGCCCAAAUCCUUUCUCUGGGUGCAGAUGGCUUUCUUCACAAGACCAUUGGAACUGGCCUGAAAUUCGGUCCCUUUAAACCUCAGUUUCUUCAUUUGUAAAAUGGAGACAAUAAAAAUACCUCCAAGGUGGUUGUGAGAAUCAAAUGAAAUAUCACAGAAAGUGCUUUGCAAAGCUUUUCCAAGCAUUACAUAGAUGCCGGCUGUUGUUGGAGAGGGAAAUAAUUGUUGUGGGGUGGAUUGGAACAAUUUUCUUGCCCUCUCCGUAAGCUGAGAGUUAGAGCCUAUAAUUUGCAAACUCCUUUGCAGUUCGUUCCUUGUCCCGGACCGACUGCAUAAUAGAUCUAGGAAAUUGGCUGGCGAGAUUCGGGGCUUGGCUGGCAGCCCAGGGGGCGGAGCCAAUCCCUCCAGAGUGCUGAGGGAUUGGCCAGCGACGGCCUCCGAGGGCGAGACGCCAAGGAACCUCCUCCACUUAAUAUUCGCUCGGGGUCCAGCCUUCGCUUGGUCUGCGGGGCAUCCUCCGGGCAGCAUGUCCCCUUCUGAGCGCCUGGUCCUCGUGCUGGGAGGAGCUGGGACCGUGGGCUCUGGGAUUGUGAAGUCGCUCCUGGAGAAGGGGUUCCAAGUGGCUGUCAUUUCCCGGGAUGCUACACGCCUGGAGAAGCUUCGGAACUUCCUACCAGCAGAAGCCCACAAUCGCCUGUUCACUGUGGUCGGGGAUGUUGGCACUGAGGAUGGAGCAGAAGCAGCAAAGGUGUCUCUGCUGGAAGGAGGCAGGAAGGUCACUGAUGUGGUCUCCUCUUUGGGUUUCAGCUGGUGGCAAGGGGGAGCGCCCCACACUCAGAGCCUGAAGGAGCUACAGUGGGUCCUGGAGACCUUGCUCCUGAGUACCUUCACUGCCUGGAAAGCCUUCUUUCCCCUGGUCUGGGAGAACCCGAGGGGCUCAUACACCUUUAUCACAGGUGGGGCAGGAGAUCAUUUGCUCAGGCCGGGCACAGGCUUCCUGACCCUGGGGGCCUCAGGGGCUCUAUCCUUCAGCAAGGUGGUGCGUGAGGAAUACCCUGAUGUACCCUGUAAGCUGAAUGAGGUGAAGAUCAAUAUGGGGGUUGCACGCCCCGAAGCGCUGGCUCCUGGCUAUGUCAGCCACCUGGAGGUGGGCCAGGCCGUGGCCUCCCUGGUGGAUAAGCUUGCCGUCUCGCACACUGUGCUGUGUGUAGACUCCCCCACUGAUCUUCAGGUCUUGACCUCAGAGGGGAAGCUGUGACCCCUCCCUUCUCCCAGGAAACCUGCACCCCUAUCCAGCUGGCCACUGUCAGCACCCCGACCCAUUCCUCCUCUCAAUGGAGCUUGCAAGGGUUGAAAAAGCUCCUUAGCCUAGGUCAUCCCUGUCGUGAACCUCCUGUUUUCUGUAUCACUUCCUCAUAUUACCCAAAGCCCUUCCAGGUGGGGCCCCAGGUGAGACCUGCCCUUAAUCCUGGAGGGGGAUAAGAAACUGAAUGACUCUCACAAGGAGCACAGAACCUUGCUACCCCAGGAAAGGGCAAGAGCUGCCGCAAUGGAGGAUGUUACCAUUCCUGAAGCCCGUUGCACUAGGCUGUGUGGGAGGAAGGCUCCGGUGCUUCAGGCCUGGCUCUCGGUAAGAGAGAAUGCACAGUGGAAGAAGCUGACUCUCAAGUCCCCAGCCAUUUGGGUCUGGAACUCAUGGAGACUCCAGGGAAUUUCUGGGAGGGUGGGGAUAGGAGGAUAGGAAGGAACCUAGAAACAAGCCUGGGGUUUGUUCCCCAACUUACUCCAGACUCACACAAUACCAGAGCAUUUCCUAAGAAGUAGCAUCUGCAGCCAUCUGAGUAUUAGCUCCUCUCCCUGAUUCCUAUCCCAAGGAGCCAGAGGUCAGAGAUUCAGGGUAAAAGCAACUGAAAAGAUGAGAAACACAGAGAAUGAUUCCUCCACCAUCAGCCCCUGGAAAGGCAUCCUUAUCUAAAACCAAACACCUUCCCAUCCCCCAUCCCUCCAUCCUCCAUCCUCUCAAUGCCUUCUGUGACCUAGAAUACAUAACCGGCCUGGUCUGAUUCUUGGCUGGGCCAUUUCCAGUGACAACUUCUCUGAUGUAUUUCCCCAGGCUAGGGAUAGAUACUAUCACCAACCUAUCUCCUCACCCAUUUCUCCCAAUCAUUUUGUUCUCUUUUAAUAAAAUUUGUAUGGAUUCCAA